ACAUGAUUUGCGAGCGUGUAAUGUAAGCUGCAUUGACUUUGUACAACACGCAAAAGCUCGAUCAACAAGACACGUAUGAUUAUUCGGGCUACAGGUAAAGGUUCUUAUUUAAGACAAUGGGACGCUUGGACGGGAAAGUGAUUGUGCUGUCCGCUGCUGCCCAGGGCAUUGGAAGAGCCUGUGCUAUAGCUUUCGCAAAGGAAGGUGCACAAGUCACAGCUACAGAUAUCAAUGGGGAGAAACUCAAAGAGCUGGACGGCAUUCCAGGUAUUAAAACCAGGGUGGUUGAUGUUACCAAGAAAGACCAAGUCGAGGCCCUGGCCAAGGACUUUGACCAUGUUGAUGUGCUCCUCAAUGUUGCUGGAUUUGUCCAUCACGGCUCUAUAUUAGACUGUGAGGAGUCGGAUUGGGACUUCACCAUGAAUGUUAAUGUCCGCAGCAUGUAUCUGACGAUCAGGGCCUUCCUUCCAAAGAUGCUGGCUCGUAAAUCUGGAAAUAUUAUCAAUAUGGCGUCUGUGGCGUCUAGUAUCAAAGGGGUUGUAAACAGAUGUGUCUAUAGCACAUCCAAAGCCGCUGUCAUCGGGUUGACCAAAUCGGUGGCAGCUGAUUUCCUCGAGCAAGGGAUCCGAUGCAACUGUGUCUGCCCUGGAACAGUAGAUACACCAUCAUUACGUGAGAGAAUCCAGGCCAGACCUGAUCCGGAGCAGGCUUUUAAAGACUUUAUGGCCAGACAGAAGACAGGUAGAAUGUGCACCGCAGAAGAGGUGGCACAUCUUUGUGUCUACUUGGCCUCAGAUGAGUCUGCCUAUGUAACCGGAACAGAAGCCAUCAUUGAUGGAGGAUGGAGGCUCUGAGGACAUGUUGUUGCAUUUACUUCAUAAACAUGCACAUAAUUCAGCAUCCAAAGUAUUAUAGAUAAUUACAGCUGAUAAUCAGUGAUUACAUCUAACAUUUUUAAUUCUGCUAGAAAAUCACUACCUUAGUAAAUCCUUGUCUAGGUUGUAUUAAUUAGAUUUAAUGAGUUUAAGAUGAUAAACCAUAGAUUAUGAUUUAUAUUGAUAUUUUAUUUUUUAAUAUCAAGAUUUAGUAUUUCUAAAAAAUAUAUUACCGGUACUACAGUAGAUGUUGCUGUACAUUUUUGCAGUCUAUUGUUUAGAACGUUUGUUUUAUAAAUUUAUUGUUAGGUUUCAGUAACAAACAUAUAUCAACAUGUAAGCAAAAUGGUUUCAUUACGUAUUAAUUGAUUUUAUUUGGGUUAUUUAUAAACCAAAUGUCAAAAUAGUCAAGAUUGAUUUUAAUCAGAAACAUAGUAAUACAUACAAAUACUUAUGUAAAAAAAUAUGUAAAAUAACUCUUUGUAGCAACUGUGGUACAUUAUUAUAGCAAUA